AUGUCUGCUGAAAUCCCUGCCGGUGGUACCUGGUUCGACACCCUCAAGGGCCGGUCCUUUGAGGAUGUCCCCAUCGUUGAUGGAAACAUCUCUACUGAGGAGUUCAUCCGGGCUGCCAAAUCCCUGGUUACUCUGUUCGAUGUGAUUGGUGGCACCGGACUCAGCUUCGUCAAGAGCGAUAUGACCGGCAACAUCGACAAAGUCGAGAAGCGCUUCCAAGAGGCCCCUGCCGAGUCCCAGACCCUGCAGGAUCUUGUGAACAAUGAGCCUGGCAAGAAGCCCGCUUCCGAGGGUCUGCUCUGGCUUGUUCGUGGUCUCGAAUUCACCGCCAAGGCCCUUCGUCACAACCUCGAUAACUCCUCCGCCGAGCUGAAGACCUCCUUCAACGAUGCCUACGAGGGCUCCCUCAAGCCCCACCACAACUGGUUCGCGAAGAAGGCCUUCGGCCUCGCUGUCGGUGCGGUUCCCACUCGCGAGAAGUUCUACGAGCUUCUGGGUGGUAAGCAGGAGCAGAUCUCUGGUCCCAUGGAGCAGGAGGUUGCUGCUUUGGAGAAGGUGGUGUCCAUCCUGAAGGACUUCAAGCCGCUCCAGGAACUCAAAUGA